CUGCUGUGCCGGCCUAUGAGCGGCGGCCCCGUGCCCCGGAAGGGGCGUGGCGCCGGGCGGAAGUCCCCCCUCCCCUCUGGCUGCUGGCCCGCCGUUCGGUGCCCCCUCCCGCUGGGCUCCGCCAUGUCGCCGGUGCGGGCGGUGCUGGCGCUGCUGGCCGCGCUGGCGGCCCCGGCUGCCGCCUACUUCGUCAGCAUCGACGCGCACGCCGAGGAAUGCUUCCUGGAGCGGGUGCCGUCCGGCACGAAGAUGGGGCUCAUCUUCGAGGUGGCGGAGGGGGGCUUCCUGGACAUCGACGUGGAGAUUACAGGGCCUGAUAAUAAAGGAAUUUAUAAAGGCGAUCGAGAGUCCAGUGGAAAAUACACGUUUGCUGCCCACAUGGAUGGAACUUACAAGUUUUGCUUUAGCAACAGAAUGUCCACCAUGACUCCCAAGAUAGUGAUGUUCACUAUUGAUAUCGGGGAAGCUCCAAAGGGGCAAGACAUGGAGACAGAAGCUCAUCAGAACAAGCUAGAAGAGAUGAUUAAUGAAUUAGCAGUGGCCAUGACAGCUGUAAAGCAUGAACAGGAGUACAUGGAAGUUCGUGAAAGAAUACAUAGAGCAAUUAAUGACAACACAAACAGCAGAGUGGUUCUUUGGUCAUUCUUUGAAGCUCUUGUACUAGUUGCCAUGACACUGGGACAAAUCUACUAUCUGAAGAGGUUUUUUGAAGUCCGAAGGGUUGUUUAAGAGUACUUUUCUGGUCCCGGAUUUCAGUUCACUGUCUACCAAACAUCCUGGUCACAAAAAAAGUCAUUUAGUUUCUGAACCCUCUUUACUGAACUGUAAAAUUUAUUUGCUUAUAUUCCUUCCUAGUUAAAAAUGAAUUGUUUUUAUAUAUCUUCUGUAGCAAAAGCUGUGCUGAAAUCUCGUCACUUAAUUGGCAUAUUUUUUUUAACUUAAAUCUGCCUAGUCUGUAUGCUAAGCAAGGUCCAAGCAAGCUGCAAAUGCUGUAAUUCAACUGUAGUAACAAGCAAUGUUGAUGUCUUUUCUAACUUUUUUUCCCUCCCCCUGUUUUCAUAAGUACUUGCAGUUCUAUCUAGGGAAACGGUACAAGGCCCUAACAUGACUGCUUGCAUUUCUGACAUCUUUAACCCUGCAGUAGGUGUUAUGAAAUUGAAAUAAUCCUUUCUUCACUUACAUAAACUGCCAAGGAGAAGCAAUUGGAACUUUAUUCUGAUGAGGAAUAGAAGACAGCUGACAACUUCCAGUCUAGUAUUCGUACCUAGUUGCUAUUUAAAAGAAAGUCUUCAGUAACUAUCUAAUUACAUCAACUUAUUCCCAAAGUUCUUUUAAAUUAAGUAGUUGAUACGAAAACAUGUUUUCCUUCUCUUCUUACCAAAUGUUCAUUGUAUGGUUUUCGGUCUUUCACAGGUUUUAUAUUGAAGCCAAUUGUGUGCAGUGUCUUGGCAAACAAUAGUUAACCCUUUGGUUUUUGCAGGUCCAAAGCUCAGACUGUUGGCACUAUCGCAGAAUGCAUUAGUGUUCAGGAAAUCUGGAUUCCUGUUGCCAAAGGGUUAAUGAUUCUGGGGGUUUAUUGCCAUGCUAUGCAGCCCUUGUAUUUAAGUUAAGCGGCAGUCUCUGCCAUUAUCUGAUCAUAAUUAGCAUAAUGCUAAAUACCGGUGUGUUUUUGUUUUCAGGCACAUGUAGAUUUGGUUUUGUAUAAAGUUACUUUCCUCGGUAUUUGAUGAUUGGUUUAAAAAUUAAAGAAGCGUCUGAUGUGGGUGCUGAGCCAGGAUUAUGUUGUGACUGAUGUAUAUUAGUUGUAAUCAUUUUGGGGGAGGGGUGGGGUCUUUUCCAGGGGGGAGCCUCUACAAGUAACACACAACAGUUUUGUACAAUUAAUUUAAAAUUUGUUACAGGUUUUCAUGUUCCAGGUAAAGUUUUUUCAACCUUGGGUAAACACUUGCAGCAGUUCUUCAGAAAGGUGGCUGUUACACCUUACUGCAACUGUUGUGUGCCAAUAUUUUUGUGUAAAACACUUAAAAUUGAAUUCUAAGAUGUACAUUUAAAAAUUGCUUGUGAAUCUAAAUAUGACCCAGGUUCGAUAAAUAAACAAAUUCUUUAAAAAAAAAAAAAAAAAACCAAA